GCAUUUGUGGCGCUCAGCUAAGCUUAAGUGCACCACGCCCUUUCCGGCUCUGGGCGUACAGUGAACCGUGUUACUUCACUCUGUACACUGCUACGAUCUUCUAGGACAUAUGCAGGUUCUCAUGUUGCGCACGAGCUCCACAUAGCCGUUAUGCCGAGCAUGUAGCAGCAUAUGAGUGGCUGCGCCUCGCUUGCGGCGGAGGAGGAAGCCUUGCACGAGACCCUGGUGGCCAAGUCGUCACUCGCGAGAGGCAACUCGGCACGCAGUGCGAAGGCUUCUCGAUGGAGCUGAGACCGGUUGGUCGCUCUAUUGAAGCUUGUGGCAUGGCAUCGCGAAAGCCAUGGCUGCCGCUGCGCUGAAUUCGCACCUCCACAGGGUCAGGCAAGGGUCUUGUCCGUUCGCGGAUGAAGUAGGGCAGCGGGCGCGCCGUACGGUCGUGAUCGGCGCACAGCUGCAGAACAGGCCGCAACUUGGUGAGGGCACAAAGCUGGUCUGUGUGAGCGGGCCCGCUCGCCUCGUCUUGGACAUGGCCUGUACAAUGCGACAUCUGCACCUACACACGAUCCGAGGGAGGAGGGUCGCCCGCCAGGCAGAAAGCCUGGAGAAGCCGCCACAGCGCUUACACAUGGCCGACCUACCGGAGUAUCGCACGCAUGAAGUGUUGACGCGGCAGCCGGCACAGGUCCAGCAAAGCUGCUUCUACCGUUUUAGAUCCUAUCUGCUCUUAUGUGCUCCAUAACUGCACGGGCAUGAGGGUGUGAGCGCGAAAGCAGGGCGCCGCUUCUCAAGCCCGCCGGCAUCUCAGCUCCUCCGCCGCCCAAACCACGUAUAAUGACACCACGCUUUUCCAACAAGGCAUGCAGCUGAAGCGCCUUCUUAUGGUCUUUCAAUCCCUCAGGAGCCGUCUCGCGAGCGUAUCUGAAUGAUGCGUGCGCCAUGGCGAUAAAGCCAGGCUCGCGGCUGCUCUGAAACCCUGGUAAGGUCCAUCAUCGACUUGUCCGCUCAGAUCUUGACCUACGUAGCAGUCCGUGUCAUGCAGGUACUAUCCAGCGGUAGCCACAGCUCUUGCGAUGCUUCUUCCGAGCAUUUGACCGCAGCAUGAACUUUAAUUGCAGCUGCGGAGGAGA